GACGCGGUCAGAAUAGUGAGGCGGAGCUGGGAAUGGAUAAGUUACUGAAGCCUUAUUCAACCCAGUACCUCCACACGCUCGCCUACAAGAGCAGGACAUUCCCUGGCAGAUAAAACGUCGUGUUGCGCGCUUCUUCAAACCAACCAUCUGUUUGCCCGAGAGGCGGAUAAAGAGGUUUGUUACGGAUCGAUCCGGACUCCGUGUCAAGUUAGGUUGUAGCACAGCACAAAGCCGGCGGAGUGUUUCUGGAGCGGGUGCUGAGAUCAGCCCAGCCCCCCACCUACAUUCAAACACACACACACCGAACCGGCCUGCUGAUCUUAGCCUGUUGCUGCUGUGUGUGUGUGAUCCCAUCGCAGCCUAGCUAACGUUAGGCUCUUUUAUAUCUCACGUAUCUCUCUGACACGCACGUCUGUGAGUAGUUUGGAGUUUUGCUGUAUAGAAGCUAAAUUAGUUGGCGUAUUUUUACAACGGUUGUUAGACUACAGCGCUCUGCAGCUGGCUAAUCGGUUAACGUUAGCUGUAGCACAACGUCGUUUAUAGACUCGCUGGUACGAUGUAGUUUGAUCAUUAAAUCUAAUUUUCUUAACGUUAGUCGAGACGUGUCAUACGCAAGGACACGGGGCCCGAACCGACUGGCUUCUUGUAUUAAAAACCUGCUUGUCCUAAAUGCUCGGAGUAAGCACGUACUGGCUAAGUGAAAUCUGUUGUUCAGUGCGACAUAAUCUCAUUUAGUUCAGUGAGGAACUCUAUAUGGUCCUCGGUAGAUGCAAAAUCGUAUUGAACACGGACAAUGUGUGCGUUAUUCACUAUUUACGGCCUACGUCUAAACAAACUGCCCGUCACUUAAGAGUCGUUUUUUGAUUGAGUAAUUCAGCCGUAUGUAUGGAGAGACAUUUUUACACUCGUUUGCCGCGACCGGAGUGAUCAUCUGAAUGUCCCCCGCAAUUAUUGGAGUUAUUGGACAUUUCCAGCAAAGUGGUUCAUACGGACGCUUUUAUUUGUCUGUUUCUGGCGGAUAAAGUCCAGGGACUGCCUUAUAAAUUGACUGUGGUCGUGUGUGUCCCCAUCAUUUGGCUGCUUAAGUCAGUCCCCGAUGCGGAGGGGCUGAGUGUGCCGGGAUCAUGCUGAAGUGUAUCCCGCUGUGGCGGUGCAACCGUCACGUUGAGUCCGUGGAUAAGCGGCACUGCUCGCUCGCCGCGGUGCCGGAUGAGAUCUACCGCUACAGCCGCAGUCUGGAGGAGCUGCUUCUGGACGCAAACCAACUGAGAGAGCUGCCUAAGCCUUUCUUCAGACUGUCCAAUCUGCGCAAGUUGGGCCUGAGCGACAACGAGAUUCAGAAACUGCCGCCUGACGUGGCCAACUUUAUUCAGCUGGUGGAGCUGGACAUCUCUAGAAAUGAUAUUUCAGAGAUCCCUGAGAACAUUAAAUUCUGUCAGGCCUUGGAGAUUGCAGACUUCAGCGGAAACCCCUUGUCCAGGUUGCCUGAUGGUUUCUCACAGCUCAGAGGACUGGCUCACCUGUCACUCAAUGACGUGUCAUUGCAGUCUCUACCCAAUGACAUUGGAAAUUUGUCCAACCUGGUGACUCUAGAGCUGAGGGAAAAUCUACUGAAAUCUUUACCCACCUCUCUUUCCUUACUGGUUAAACUGGAACAGCUGGAUCUAGGCAGCAAUGUACUGGAAGUUUUGCCUGACACACUUGGGGCACUGCCCAAUCUUCGUGAGCUUUGGUUGGACAGAAACCAGCUCUCCUCACUACCUCCCGAGCUGGGGAACCUGCGGCAGCUGGUUUGCUUGGACGUGUCAGAGAACCGUCUAUCAGAGCUUCCCAAAGAGAUCAGCGGCCUUAUCGCCCUCACAGACCUGCUGCUCUCCGAGAACCUUCUGGAAGUCUUGCCGGAUAGCAUUAGCUCACUUAAGAAGCUGUCCAUACUGAAAGUGAACCAGAACCGCUUGGUGCAUCUCACAGACUCCAUCGGCGAGUGUGUGAACCUUACAGAGCUCAUGUUGACUGAGAACCUUCUACAGUCUCUGCCUCGCUCUCUUGGAAAGCUUAAGAAGUUGACAAACUUGAAUGUAGACCGAAACCGUUUAAACAGCGUGCCGUCAGAACUGGGAGGAUGUGUCAGCCUGAAUGUGCUCUCCCUCAGAGACAACCGAUUGGGUAAACUGCCUGCUGAGCUCGCCAAUGCCACAGAAUUACACGUGCUGGAUGUGGCAGGCAACAGACUGCAGAACUUGCCGUUUGCAUUGGCCAACCUGAACCUGAAGGCCAUGUGGCUGGCAGAGAACCAGUCUCAGCCCAUGCUGAAGUUCCAGACGGAGGAUGAUGAGCAGACUGGGGAAAAGGUCCUCACCUGUUACCUACUGCCCCAGCAACCCUCAUCCAGUCUCGAGAAUCUGCUAGACCGUAGCGCUGAUGAGACCUGGCCAACAGACUCUAAUCUGAACCGAGUAUCAGUCAUACAGUUUAGAGAUGAUGCUAAAAAUGAAGAGGAAGAUGAGGAGACUGCAGCAGAGAGGAGGCAGGGUCUUCAGAGGAGAGCCACACCACAUCCCAGUGAGUUAAAGGUGAUGAAGAAUGUUAUUGAAGCCAGAAGAAAUGAGCCUUAUGUAGCCAAGCCAGAUGGAGAGCUGGAGUCCCCAGAAUCAGAGGAAAAGCGGUUAAGUGGGCUGUCCAAUCAAAGUCAUGAUUCUCAGGCAUCCAGUAGCACCGCCUCAGCAACUUCUCAGGAUGAGAAGCGGGGAGUAAACCGCACAGGGGUGGUGCCUAAAGAUGUACAAGCUCAAGAGGAGGAGGAGCUUGAUGAGAUGGAGGUGGAGUAUACUGAGCCCACCGUGCACUUUGCCGAUGAGCCCAUCAUCCGUGGUGGCGAUGAUGAGAACGACGACGAAGACGACGCUGACCGGAGCGACGAGGACUCCCGAACGCCCCCCCCUACAGAGAAACAGCGGCUGAUACGUAAAGACACACCACACUACAAAAAGCACUUCAAGAUCACCAAGCUGCCCAAACCCGAGGCUGUCGCCGCCCUUCUGCAAGGUUUCAGCCCGGACGGCCUCUCACCUCCUGCUCACACUCCUGAGGAUGAGAGAGAUGGUGAGGAGGAUGAAGAAGAGGAGGAAGAUGGAGGAGUUACAGUCAGUACUCCCUUACUGCACAGACUAGAAGCAGUUGAGCUAGAAGACAGCAGGCUAAGUCAUGUGAACUCGUCCCUGCAGCCGGUGAAGGGGGUGUCAUUUGAUCAAGUCAAUAAUCUGCUGAUUGAGCCUGCUCGAAUUGAGGAGGAAGAGCUGACACUGACCAUCCUGAGGCAGACUGGUGGCUUAGGCAUCAGUAUUGCAGGAGGGAAAGGAUCUACACCUUACAAGGGUGACGAUGAGGGUAUCUUCAUCUCCAGAGUUUCAGAAGAGGGUCCUGCAGCCCGGGCUGGAGUCAAAGUGGGAGACAAACUCCUUGAGGUAAACGGAGUGGACCUGCACGGAGCAGAGCAUCAUACAGCUGUCGAGGCCUUGCGUAACUCUGGGACAGCUGUGGUUAUGACCGUCCUGCGGGAACGCAUGGUGGAACCGGAGAACGCCAUCACCACCACACCGCUACGACCGGAGGAUGAUUACUUCCCCCGGGAGAGACGGUCCAGCGGUCUACCUUUUCUCCUGGAGCCGGAAUCACCGGCUGUUAACACCGGACCCUGUCAGCGACUAGCCACCUGUCUGAUCCGCAACGAUAAAGGUUUAGGAUUCAGUAUCGCCGGAGGGAAAGGGUCAACACCGUACCGAGUAGGAGACACGGGAAUCUUCAUCUCCCGAAUUGCUGAAGGAGGAGCUGCUCACCGAGACAACAUCCUACACGUGGGAGACAGGGUCAUAUCAAUCAAUGGUGUAGACAUGACAGAGGCCAGGCAUGACCAGGCAGUAGCGCUGCUUACCGGCACCUCCCCCACCAUCACCCUAGUGGUCGAUCGGGAGCAGGCCAGUGCAGGGGGUGCCUCCCCUCGAACACGGCCUCAUUCCCCCCCUCCCCCCGAGCCUUCUGACUCACCUGAGCAAGAGGAGGGAGGAGACGAGCCCCUCGGAAACCAUCUAAACUGCCCCAUGGAGGAUGAGUACCCCAUUGAGGAAGUGACCCUGGUCAAAGCAGGUGGUCCUCUGGGUUUGAGUAUUGUGGGGGGUAGCGACCAUGCCAGCCACCCCUUUGGAGUCAAUGAGCCGGGAGUGUUCAUAUCAAAGGUUAUUCCUAAUGGGUUGGCCUCUCAGAGUGGGCUGCGUGUAGGUGAUCGUAUCUUGGAGGUAAACUCCAUUGACCUGCGACAUGCCACGCACCAGGAAGCCGUCAGAUCCCUGCUCGCCAACAAGCAGGAGAUCCGCAUGCUAGUGCGCAGAGAUCCCUCACCACCUGGCAUGCAGGAGAUUGUCAUUACCAAGCAGCCUGGAGAAAAGCUGGGCAUCAGCAUUAGGGGCGGAGCUAAAGGCCAUGCGGGUAACCCCUUUGACCCCACAGAUGAAGGCAUCUUCAUUUCCAAGGUGAGCUCCAGUGGAGCAGCAGCGCGAGAUGGGCGUCUGCUGGUGGGCAUGCGUAUUCUCGAGGUUGGCAACAACAGUCUGCUGGGAAUGACGCACACGGAAGCAGUGAGAGUCUUGCGUGCUGCCGGUGAUUCCCUGGUCGUGCUUGUAUGUGAUGGCUUUGAUCCAAGAAACGCUGCUGGCAUGGAGGCAUCCCCUGGUGUUAUUGCAAACCCUUUUGCGGCCGGUAUUGUGCGUAAGAACAGUAUGGAAAGCAUCUCAUCAGUUGACAGAGACCUGAGUCCUGAAGAAAUUGACAUUAUGCAAAAGGAGGUGGAAAUGGCGAGGGAGACGUCACAGUGGGAACGGGAGGACAUGGAGAAUGUCGAGCGUAUGCGUUUGGAGCGCGAGGAGGCAACUCGCUUGCUGGAGGAGGAAACUGAGAAUUUGAGCACUGGACCAUUAAAACUGGACUACAAGACACUGGCAGCACUACCUACAACCAGUCUACAGAAAGUUAAUAGAGCUUCCCCCUCUGAGCCCCUCCGGAUUGACAGUCCUGUCCGUGAUAUAGCACAUUCGCCAUACAACUCACAGACUAAACCAGGUGCCAUCCAGCCUCUGUCUCGGGUUCGACCCCCUGCGUCUCCAGUCAGUCAGGAUGGCCACAGCAGUCCCAAUCCUUUCCAGCAUGGCCUCUCUCCCAUCAACUCUCAGACCACUCCUCGUGCCCCAUCCCCUGACACAUUUGAGGGAUUGAAUAUCAAGCAGGUAUAUAAGGCCUUCGCAGCUGUGCCACACUCCCUGGCCGUACUGGAACCCCCGCAGGAUUUGUAUGCUCAGAGAAACAACGUCAAUGCAAAACAAACAUCUCCAGAGUUGAAUAAUGAGGUGUUUGAGGAUGAUGGUGGUGUUCCUCUCACCCCUCGUCCCUCCCUCACCUCUGAUCGCCUCGAGUACAGGAGCCUGGCAGCCGUGCCGCGCCUGUCUCGCCCCUCAGUGGAGCAGAAGACACCUCCCACUUUGGGCAGAGGCACCCCAGAACAGCGCUCCUUCAGAGACAGACAGAAGUAUUUCGAGAUUGACGUGAAGCAGCAGACUCCAGACAACAAACCCAAACCUCGCGUCUCACUGGUGGGAGAAGAUGACUUGAAGAAAAUGAAAGAGGAAGAAGCUAAGCGAAUUGAACACAGUUCACAAGAGUAUAUGCUGGAUGAAGAUGAGGAGGAGGAUGAGGAAGAUCUGGCCAAGCAGGUGGCAGAUAUGAAGGCUCAUGGAAAGGUUAUUCUGGAUGGUGUGGAGUACAAAGUCGAGAGCAUAGGAAGCCGCGGUUCAUCGUCUCCGAUGCACUGUGCCACACCGCCGAGCUAUUACGCGACACCUCCCAGCUCAGGUCCUUCCUCUGUCGAUGGUAAAGGAGACUUCCAGCGAAAUUCUGUGGAAGACAGUUUUAGAUUGGAGCAGAGACCUAAUUCCAUGACUAGUUUGAUCCCAGUUUACCCUGGCGAAUCUGGGGCCCCCAUUCGGACGGCAAAGGCAGAGCGCAGACAUCAAGAGCGCCUGCGCAUGCAAAGCCCCGAGCUUGCCGUUGCUAUGGACAAGGAACUAUCACCUGCUGAAAAACGAGCCCUGGAGGCAGAGAAGAGAGCCAUGUGGAGAGCUGCCAGGCCUUAUGGUCUAGAGGAGGACGUAAGGCAGUAUGAGCAAGACCUGGCUAAGCGGCUCUACCAAUCCCGUGUGAGGGCAUCACUAGGCAGUGCUGCAGCCCCUCCCACUUCCUGCUCCUCCUCUUCCUGUCAGCCCAGGAUGAAGUCUUUAGAGCAAGAUGCUUUGAAGGCUCAGAUGGUCAUUGCCAAGUCUAAAGAGGGGAAGAAGCGUGGAGCCCUGGAUCAACUGUCAGAGUCGCCGUCUCCUGUCCCCACACCCUCUCCUACACCCAUGGACGAUCUCAGUCCACGGACAGUAACUUCACCAGGCAGACUGUCCCUGUCAGAAAAGAAGUUUGACUACCGACAAUUCGCUGCCAUUCCUUCUUCCAAACCCGUUUACGACAUUCAGUCUCCUGGUGUAACAGAUGACGUGCGUUUCAUGGAUGAUGUCUCCAGUAAUCCAGUGUCUGUUUUAGAUACAGACGUUCCCAUGGCCACCACAUCUGCUCUAGAGGAGAUGGCUCUCUACAGUAAUAAGCGCAAACUACGACAGGGUCGCCGCAGCCUGGAGGCGCCAGUGCCCACAUAACCGCAAACUCACACACUAAUGCAUUUGAACUGUGAAGAUAACACACAUAGUGAUCAUCUAAUGCUGAUGAUGUCACGUAUGACAUAGAAUGCUCACAAAUGCACACCCGUACAAAGAUAUUAAACCACUCUUCUUCAGUGUCGACCAGAGGUAGGGAGAUAAGCUAAAGGGGAAACAGCCUCGUGUCUCCAGAACACUAGUCAUGCCUUUUCAGUUGGUGUUGAAAAGGGUGUCUCAUAUUUGAUUAUAACUGGUCCCAGAGGAUGGCGAAAUCAUUAUUUGGCCAAUAUAAUGUACUUGUUUUAACCCAUCUUUCUGUCUGUCCGCGUUUUUAAAGUUAUUUUAAGAGAUGCCGUGUAUUUUUUUUAACACAUUGAAACCUCUACAAAAUUUAGAAAGACUGAAAAAGAGAUUUUUAACUGUUUAUGUUUUGGGAGAUUUAAUUUGAAGACAACAUACUGCUACCUUCACUGCCCCAUCAGAAAAAGGUUUUAUUUCUUUUAAAUCUAAUUUAUUAAUGUAAUAUACUGUUUUUAAUCUGUGGGAAUCCAUAACAAUAGAGGAACUAAUGGUGGCAUUUUGAUGUAUGUAUAAGAUGAUUCGUUGUGAUUUUGGGAUGAAUUUGGGGAUUUGGAAACAUUUCCUUGCAUGCAACAUUUAGCAUUGACAAUGAGGCCUUGGCAUAAAGCUUUCUUUCCAUUUUGUAUCCAUAUCACUUUUAAAACCGGUUUUAAAGAUGCAAAUGAAUGUAAUAUUUUUAAAGGGUUGCAUCUGACCUUACUCAAAGAUCUGUUACAAACCUUUUUGUAAUUUAUAUCAUCACGGCAUAUCAUGACGAUUGACCUACCAUAUGUGAGUAGUGUCCUUCUAAGCCGGUUUAAUAUAUGUCUAGUCUUCCUGUACCUGACUAGGAGAGGUAAAUGAAGUGUGUAAUGGUCCUUGACCUCUUCAUGUUUUUCUGCUCCUUGGACCUUGUUGUACAUCCAUAUGUUGAAUCAUUCCCUUUGAUACAUAGUGACCAGAGUGGAACAUUUUGACACAUUUAACCACAUAAGAACCAGUGGUAUCACAGACAUUCGCCUGUCAUUGCCUCACAUCUCCAUAAGUGUAUGGUACUGUUUCUUUAGCACUGGGAUUGGGAGAAAAUAUAAAAGAGACAUUGCAUCCAUAACUCUCAUUUCUGUUCUCUAUGCUUCGGACUUUACCUAGACAGGUGUGUGAAGGUAGUAGAUGUUCAUUUUUUCGCAUCUACAUUAAAAUUAGUUUAAAGCCACUGAAAAGCUCAUUUUGUGAAUAAUGUACAAAAAAACUGAAUUUAAUCUGAGCCUUUCUGCCCCAAAACCAAAUUAAAGUCUGAAGGCGGUAGAUGAUUCUGGAAGGCUUUGGACUGAGUCAUCCCUGUGUGUAUAUUGGCUUAUUGCAUUUUUGCAAUGUUUCUUUCAGUCCUGUGCGAGGAAAACAAUGACGGACAUUUAUUUUCUGUACUUAAACCAGUCAUUUACCACUUUAGCUGCCAUUAACAGUGACCCAAUGACCUUGUCAGUCAUAUGAAAUCAUAACAUUCUUUUAUUUUACUAAUCUUAGCUUUUGUGUUGCUCUCAUUGACUGAAAUUCAGUUUUGGUUAAUAACAGUUUGGGAAUGGUUGAUCGUUGUAUUUUUAAAAGACAUGGAAGAAAAAAAUGGUUUGCUGUAACUAAUGGGAUACUGGGAUUCACUACAUUUUUACAUUAUCAGAGCAAGAGUUUCAUAUCUCUAAUUGUUUUCUUUUCUUGAUUGUCAUGUUGGGGAUGAUUAUUGUUUUUUAAGGGGAGGGUGGGACAGAAGGUUUGGGGUUAUAGCUCAUUCAGGACUGUAACUAGUGAAUUUGUACAACCAAAGAAGUCUAUUUUGUGGUUCAGGAAUAAAAGUUUACUUUUCAUUUAAC